AUGUUCUGUAAACAAUGUGCCGUUCCUGUUUGUACCAAAUGCCUCUCAACUGAUCGACAUCUAGGUCACAAAUUAUCAGAAAUAUUGCAAAUUCUGAAUGAAACAAAAGACAAUAUCAUCAAGGAACAUGCUGAAUUAAAAGAGACAAUUUAUCCAACCUACCUGAAUAUUGAAUCCGAUGUACAAAAUAUAAUGAUGAAAAUAGAAAGGGAGUAUGCAGAUCUUUCAGUAGACAUCUCACAACAUAAAAAGUUCUGGCACAAUAAAAUCGACAAAAUAUUUGAUAAACUUGAAACUGAAGUUGAUAAGACGAAGAAGACACAGUUACAAACUCUGCAAAAACAUUUGGAUGAAAUAAAGCAGGACGUAUCUGAAAUAAGUAAAGAAAUAAAUUUACUUGAAGUUGCAUUCGAUACUCAAGAUAUUUCCGUACUUUACAAGGUUAAAUUCAAUGCUGAAGGAUACAGAAAACUUCCACAAAGAAUCCUACCUUCAGUUCCCAAAUUUACACCGGAAAAAUUCCAAGAAAAUGAAGUUUUAAAAUUGCUUGGAGCUUUAUCAUCAAGUUCUCUGACAUCAGAUGCACAUGGCUAUAGUAUGAAGACAAUGCAGAAAUCACCAGUACAAACUGGAUUAUCCCCUUCAGUCAAGCAUUUUCUUGAUGAACCAGUGACUAUACUCAUAAGAUACAUCAUGGAGUAUCAACUACUUUACAAAGUUGUAACAAUCACUGUGUCCACAUCAUAG